GCAUUGAGCACCUCAGCAAUGCCCUUCGAAUAACUACCUGUAUCAGCGUCCGCGAGGCCAGGCGGGACGACAUCGAUGCCAUUAUCAACAUCAACUUCACCGUUUCAAUGACAAUGUCAUGAACCAACUGAUGUACCCAGGCGGCGUCUCUGCCGACUCCAAGGCAAAGUUCGCCUCAAAGCUCUUCCCCGAGGACAGCGCAGGGAGGCCAGUGAAAGGAGGGCAAUCUUUCUCCGCGUUGCCGAAUACCUGCCAGAGCCUACCGACCGGCUUGGGGAGAUUGUCGCAUUUGCAAGAUGGCUGCUUCAUUGUGCGCCUCGCACCGAGGCACAAUGGAAGGCGUAAGAGUUCAACGCAACGACCGAGAAAUGGGGCGAGGGUUGCGAUGUGGCCGUGGUCAACGCCUUCAUUGGUGGAAUGGCACGGCUUCAACGCGAUCACACCCGAAGUGAAGCAGCGCUAUCUCAGCACUCUCGCAUACAGCCCAACUCGGCAGCGGCUCGGGGCCGGCUCGGCGCCCUUGAAGUGGGUUUCGAUCUUGCCGACAGCCUUGGGUUCCCUGCUCGGGUCGAGGCCUCCCCUGCCAGCUAUGGCCUCUACAAGAAGUUUGGCUAUGAAGAUGAAGUGUUAGAUCUCGAGGUCACCGAAACCUGGGCAGCGCUGUCAACAAGUCAAGUCUACCAAGUCAAGUCUCCAAGUCAAGUCAAGUCAAGUCAAGUCAAGUCAAGUCAAGUCAAGUCAAGUCAAGUCAAGUCAAGUCAAGUCAAGUCAAGUCAAGUCUU